UUAAGCGAUUUGAAAUCGAGCCCCAGCUAAUGUUGUUUCGCUAGGGUUUUCUCGGGCGUGCUUCGAUCGAGGGAGAGGGUUUUGGUGGGAGGGUUACUUUGCGGGGAUGACGCAGGGCGGUGGUGGAGGAGGAUCGGAGUUUCACCUGCCUGACGAGAUCCUGGCGGUGAUGCCGACCGACCCAUACGAGCAGCUGGACCUGGCGAGAAAGAUCACUUCGUUGGCGAUCGCGUCCCGCGUCUCGAAGCUGGAACUCGAGGCCGGGCGGCUGAGGCAGAGCGUCGCGGAGAAGGACCGGACCAUCGCCGACCUGCAGGAGAAGCUCGCCCAGUUCGAUCGCGUGUCCCAGCAGACCGAUUCCCGCCUCAGGGUCGCCCUCGAAGAGAAUGUUAAGCUAGCAAAGGAACGUGAUUCAUUGGCGCAGACUUCAAAGAAAUUAACUCGAGAUUUAACAAAGUUGGAGGCAUUCAAGAAACAUCUGUUGCAGUCACUUAAUGAGGAUAACACACCUAAGCAACAAGAUCCUGUGGACAUAAGGGCCUGUGAUUCGUCCACUGCCCAAGCAUCUUCUUGGAAAGAUGAAGUUUCUAUCAGCCGCUCUGCAUCAUCUGAUUCAUAUCCUACCAGUACAUCUACAGACAUGGGAAACAUGACACUAGAUGUGACUAGACCAUAUGGACAGAAAAUCUCAAAGACUCCUCCUCUUCCUCCUCGGCUCACCCCAACAGCUACACCAAAAGUAACAUCUACUGCUGGUUCUCCUAAAAGGUCUUCUGUUGCAUUGUUGCCAAAAUAUGCAUCUGGCGCCAGUUCUCCAACAAAAAAUCACUUUGAAGGUCUGACUCUAUCACCAUGGUACCCAUCAAGUAAGCAAUCAUCAGCUGCUAACUCUCCUCCUCGUGGGCGCUCUAUACCAGGACGUAUGCCUCGUGUAGAUGGAAAAGAAUUCUUCCGCCAGGCUAGGAGCCGACUCUCAUAUGAACAGUUUGGUGCCUUUUUAGCUAACAUUAAGGAGCUUAAUGCUCACAGACAAUCACGUGAGGAAACCCUCAGAAAGGCAGAUGAGAUAUUUGGAACUGAAAACAAGGAUCUUUACUUGUCUUUUCAAGGUUUACUUAACAGAAACCAACAGCCCUAGAUAUUAUAGUGGAACAAGGUGUGUGGGCUUCUUACAGCGUAUCGAACAGUACAGUCCGCUGUAUGUGAAAAUUGUGCAUUAAUUUUGGCUGAGGAGAAGAGUACUGGGUACGCAUGCUGUGCAAAUUUGGAUCGUAAUUUUUAAUUAUCAUAUUUCCAGUAAACAAUUGGCUGAUCUUCUGCAGUUAAUUAAAUGUCCGGAAUUGGCCUUUUAGUGGACUUCUAUUAGGAAUUGCUUGAUAAAUUUUUAUCAUCAAUUAUCUUGAUGAAGUGACUAAGUUUAAGACCAGCUGUAUGAUGUUGUGAAUGAUGGUUUACGAACCAAUUAGGCUAUGUAAUGUUUCUGUAACGAACAUUCUCGUUUGCUAGUGUUGAAAUAUUGUUUCGUGUUUGCAAUGA